AUGGCAAGGACACUUCACGAACGAUACCUUCAGGAAAAGACGGUCGCCAUCGUCGGCUGCCCCUUCUCGGGCGGGCAAAGGCGUAAGGGUGUCGACACAGGCCCUGUCUCGCUCGUCUCGGCUGGUAUCUGCAAGCAGCUCGAAUCGCUUGGUUGGAAGGUCGACUUUGAGGGACACCACUCGUUCGACCACCACAACGAGCUGCUCGAACACGAUAGCGACAUUGGCAACAUGAAGCUUCCCCGCACUGUUUCGGCUGUCACAAACGAGGUUGCCGAGACCGUCGAGCGGCACGCUAAGCAGGGCAAGCUCCCCUUGACUCUCGGCGGUGACCACAGUCUGGCACUCGGCACGGUGACCGGCUCAUUGCGCGCUCAUCCUGAGGCAGCACUCAUCUGGAUCGAUGCUCACGCCGAUAUCAACACGCCCGAGACCACUGAAUCGGGAAAUCUGCACGGCUGCCCUGUCUCGUUCUUGCUCGGGCUGCAAGGAACGGAUGUGGAGCCCUUCAACUCGUGGGUCCCCAAGAAGCCUCUCUUGCGUCCUGACAGCUUGGUGUACAUCGGCUUGCGAGACAUUGAUGCCGGCGAGCGCAAGAUCCUCAAGGAGCACAACAUCAAGGCCUUCAGCAUGCACCACAUCGACAAGUAUGGCAUCGGCAAGGUCGUCGAAAUGGCCCUCGAUCACCUCAACGGCGCACCAGGCAAGCGUGAGCGUCCGAUCCACCUCUCGUUCGAUGUCGAUGCCCUUGACCCCAGUGUCGCGCCCAGCACAGGUACACCCGUUCGAGGUGGCUUGACUUUCCGUGAAGGUCACUACAUCUGCGAAGCUCUCUACGAGACGGGUUGUAUGGUUGCGCUCGACUUGAUGGAAGUCAACCCUUCUUUGCUCCAAGACGGCGAUGCACAGCAGACGAUCGCAGUUGGAUGCUCGCUCAUCCGUGCUGCAAUGGGCGAGACUCUUCUUUAG